CUCCAGCCUUCUGAUUCUAUUCGGAGGAGGACUGAAUAGAAGGGUUCUUCUCGCCAUGACUUCCGAGUUUGAAGAUCAUCGGCCGGCAUUUUUCGCCAUCUCUGCCAGUUACUUCUUCCUCUUCUUGUACUACAGCUUCUUUGCACGGUUUUCGGUGCUGAUCUACACAGGGUAUGGACUGAAUGCCCGAGAAAUUGGUACCAUGGGACUUUUGGGCAUUUUGGCCAGCAUCCCAGCAUCCUCGUUUUGGGGUGUCGUUGCGGAUCGCACUGGACACCGAAAGCUGGUCUUGGCCUGUUGUGUUGGAAUGGCUGCAACCUUUCAAACUCUUUUGUGUCUUACGUCACGGAUCCAAAAUCACACUGGACGAUUCAUGUAUUGUUGCCUUAUGAUGGUCUUGUACACCAUGGCCCGUGGCAACGACUAUGGUCAAUUGAAAGGUAUUGCAAUGAGAACCUUGGAGCGAUUUGACCGGCAAACUGCAUUUGGUGGGCUCAGGCUGUGGGGUGCUGUCUCAUGGGGAAUUGCUCAUCCUGCCCUGGGAUAUCUUUUGGAUGUCGAACACGGCCAUUUGCAGCUGCUGUUUGUGGGGAAUGCCAUUGGUGCCAUGCUGGCCGUAUUGUCUUUCAGCGUGCUUCUCCGUUCAAAGUGGACUGAUGAAGGGCCGCGUGCCACGGCUACGGCAGAACCAGAGACAGCUUCGACACAAUCGACUGUGUCGGAAGUGCCAAAGGCCUCAGUCAUGGAAGUUGUCAAGAUUGUUUGCUCCCGACCUGACAUGAUCACUUGGUUGUUAUGUGCCGCGACACAGGCUAUGGGCAUGCAACAUGUCUCGCAGUUUCUUUUUCUUUACAUGCAAGAGCGCUUCCAUUCCUCUGAUAUUUUGAUGGGCUUCAGCGUGACGAUUACCGUCCUGUUUGAAAUCCCCAUCUUUGCACUUGGUGAAAAACUCUUGCCCAAGCUUGGGCCAACCCUUUUGAUUGCCAUUGCAAUGGGAAGUUUUGUGGUCCGAGUACUCGGCUACACGCUUGUCCCAAGUGCCAGGUGGAUGCUGUUCCUGGAGCCAUUACAUGGUGUCACCUACAGCUGCUUUACGCUGGCAACCGUGCACUAUUUGAACGAACAUGUGCCCAUGCAUAUGAUAUCAACAGCUCAAGGCUUUAUGUCAUCUGUUACAGCAGCUGGCUCUGCACUUGGAGCUGUGCUUGGGGGGUGGGUCAUGGAUAUGCCAAAUGGCGGUCUGAUCCUUUUCCGAGCAGACAGCGUGAUCAUGACCACCGUCCUCGUGCUUUUCCUUUUCAGCCAGCUGAAAUGCUGCAAGAAGAGAGACACCCAGCCACUAUUGACCCCUGGACAAGGAACGAGCCUCUGCGAGUCGUGACCAUCCCUGAACAAACCGGGGCCAACGAUUCGCUGGCAAAA